CUUCACUUCUUCUUCCCUCACACAACAAAUUACUUUUUUAUUUUUAUUUUUUGCAGAUUUUCUACCAUGCCUUUCAAGAAGCCUCAUCACACCUCUGACAAGAGCUGCAUGAAAAAGGACGACGACAAGUUCGAAAUACUUCCCAGAGGACUCAAUAUUGUGUGGGGAAAUGAUUCACGAUACUGGAGAAUACCAGAGGAAGGUCCUGCAGAGCUUAUACAAGUUUCAUGGCUGGAGGUAUCGGGUGUGGUACAAAUAACAAAAGCAGGGACAUAUUCAGUUUCAUUUGAGGUUAAAGUUAAAGAAGAUGGAUUUGGAUGGGCAGGCACAGAUGUUCUAGUGAUGGCUAAAAUCGGUAAAACAGGAAAAUAUAGGUUUCAAGCAAACAGGCUAAGUCCUGGUGAGAACAUCAUUCCCUUCAAACGACUUGAGAUUCCUGUGGUCGGCCCAUCGGAUCUUCACUUUGGACUUUAUGAAGUCUGGAGCGGAAAAUGGAAGGGAGGCCUUCAAAUUAUCAAAGCUGUGAUCCAACCUCUCAAUUAACUUCAUCACCUUCUUCCUAUCUAUAUUCUUCAAAUUAUCAAAUAAUUCCAUACUUAUAUAUUUCUAAUAAAUUUUCUAUUUUAAAUUACUAAUUCAAA